CAGAUAUCAAAAUUAAAACAUCAAUUCAAAUAGGAAUUUUUAUAUUCGUGAAAUAAAUAUUUAUACAUUUAAAAUAUAAAUGCAAAUAAAGAACUGAUUUUUGGUUGAUAAAGUGCGCAGCUCUACUAUACUACCAUCGAAAUCUGCCAAACAUAGCAUAGGAAUGAGAGUGAGGAAAAGAGCAUGAAUCCAAAUAGAAAUGCGAUAUGUAACAUGGAAGAGCAUCUUAAGAAGCUCUUGAAGGACUGUCCGAAAGAUGAAUAUGAUUCUCAAGCGCAAGAUUUUCAAGAGUUUUUCAAAUUGUAUAAGAGAUAUCUCGACCCGAAGAUGCCCUCUGUCCAAUGGGAAGAAAUAACGCCUUUAAAGCCUAAAAGUUUACUAGACUACAACAGUAUUUUAAGGCCAGGCACUGACACGUUUAAGAACCUGCUCGAUAAACUCGUUGUCGUUAAACUAAAUGGAGGAUUGGGCACAACCAUGAAAUGCGAUGGCCCUAAGAGUUUGAUACACGUGCGCAGCGGUCUUACAUUUUUAGAUCUAACAAUUCGUCAAAUAGAAGAUCUGAACACCCAGUAUGAUGCAAAUGUACCUUUAGUCUUGAUGAAUUCUUUUAAUACAAACGAAGCUACAGAAAACGAGUUAAGGAAAUACCAGAAUCUGAAGACGAAAAUUUAUACUUUCAAUCAAAGUAGAUAUCCAAGAAUACGUGCUGAUGACUACAGUCCGCUUCCAAAAUCAUGUAGCAACUUAGAGAAAUAUUUGUGGUAUCCUCCAGGGCAUGGUAACUUCUAUAAUGCCUUUCAUCAGUCUGGACUAAUCAAGAAUUUCAUGGAUGAAGGCAGAGAAUACUGCUUUCUUUCUAACAUAGAUAAUUUGGGGGCAACAGUAGAUUUUGCAAUCCUCAAUACCAUAAUAAAUCCUACAACGGACAUUGCUCCAGAUUUCAUGAUGGAAGUCACCAAGAAAACCGCAGCUGAUAUUAAAGGUGGAACACUCAUUUGCUGGAAGGGAAAAGUAAAAUUACUAGAAUAUGCUGAAGUGCCUGAAAACCACAUUGAUGAUUUUAAAUCUAUGGCUAACUUUGAAGUCUUUAAUACUAACAACUUAUGGAUAAAACUUGAAUCAAUAGUUAAGAUGUUACAAAAGAAUGAUCUUUCACUUGAGAUCAUAGAAAAUAAGAAAAAGAUAAUGGUUGGUGAAAAAGAAUUAGAAAUUAUACAAUUAGAAACGGCAUCUGGAGCCGCAAUUCAAUAUUUCAACCAUGCAUUUGCAGUAGUUGUUCCCCGAAGUCGAUUUUUACCUGUCAAAUCCUCUUCAGACCUCUUUCUGAUUAAGAGCAAUGUAUACGUCCUUGGAAACGGGAAUGUAACAAUGAAUCCUUUAAGACCAUUUUCAUUUCCCCCUCAAGUUAAAUUUGUGGAUGGUCACUUUCAAAGCUAUCGUGAAAUGGAGAAGCGAUUCCAAAACAUACCCGACUGUAAAGAUCUUCUUCAUCUAACAAUAGCUGGAGAUGUAACUUUCGGAAAGAAUGUCGUUCUCAAAGGUGAUGUGAUUAUUGUUGCUAAUAAUGGAGAAAAAAUUGAUAUUCCUAAAGGAUCUAUACUUCAGAGUAAAAUCAUUAUAGGCGGUCUUAGAAUUUAUGGAGAGUGACCAAAGCAAAGAUUGUAGGAAAUAUUUUUAAUUCCACAGUAUUCAACGUGCGUUCAGUGAUAUCUGUAAUAAAAUAUAAUGUGCAUAUAUUGUGAUUAAA